GCGUGGAACACGGCUCCGGGAGCCGGGGACCUGGGAGCGAAGAACGGGUUGAAGGGAUCUGGCGUUGAUGUUAGACAUGGGAAAAUUGAGCCUCGGAGUUACUGCCUCAGUUUCCUUAGCUACGAAAUGAGUUUAACGAUGAUGGUCCAGGGCUGCCCUGAGUUUGAAAGAUGAAGUGUUGAGAGGUGGUGUAUGAAGUACAAGCUCUGUACUAAUGUGAGGGACUGCGCCAUAGUUGUGGGUAUGCCAUGGAAACAGGUAAAUUUUUCCAUAACCUUAUGGAGAGAAAGGACUUUGAGACAUGGCUUGAUAACAUUUCUGUUACGUUUCUUUCUCUGACGGACUUGCAGAAAAAUGAAACUCUGGAUCACCUGAUUAGUCUGAGUGGGGCAGUCCAGCUCAGGCAUCUCUCCAAUAACCUAGAGACUCUCCUCAAGCGGGACUUCCUCAAACUCCUGCCCUUGGAGCUCAGUUUUUAUUUGUUAAAAUGGCUUGAUCCUCAGACUUUACUCACAUGCUGCCUCGUCUCUAAACAGUGGAAUAAGGUGAUAAGUGCCUGUACAGAGGUGUGGCAGACUGCGUGUAAAAAUUUGGGCUGGCAAAUAGAUGAUUCUGUUCAGGACGCUUUGCACUGGAAAAAGGUUUAUUUGAAGGCUAUUUUGAGAAUGAAGCAACUGGAGGACCAUGAAGCCUUUGAAACCUCAUCAUUAAUUGGACACAGUGCCAGAGUAUAUGCACUUUACUACAAAGAUGGACUUCUCUGUACAGGGUCAGAUGACUUGUCUGCAAAACUAUGGGAUGUGAGCACAGGGCAGUGCGUUUAUGGCAUCCAGACGCAUACUUGUGCAGCAGUGAAGUUUGAUGAGCAGAAGCUUGUGACAGGCUCCUUUGACAACACUGUGGCCUGCUGGGAAUGGAGUUCCGGAGCCAGGACCCAGCACUUUCGAGGGCACACAGGGGCGGUGUUUAGUGUCGACUACAACGAUGAACUGGAUAUCUUGGUGAGUGGUUCUGCAGACUUCACUGUGAAAGUGUGGGCUUUAUCUGCUGGGACGUGCCUGAACACACUCACCGGGCACACGGAAUGGGUUACCAAGGUGGUUUUGCAGAAGUGCAAAGUCAAGUCUCUCUUGCACAGCCCUGGAGACUACAUCCUCUUAAGUGCGGACAAGUAUGAGAUCAAGAUUUGGCCAAUUGGGAGAGAAAUCAACUGCAAGUGCUUAAAAACAUUGUCUGUCUCUGAGGAUAGAAGUAUCUGCCUGCAGCCAAGACUUCAUUUUGAUGGCAAAUACAUUGUCUGUAGUUCAGCACUGGGCCUCUACCAAUGGGACUUUGCCAGUUAUGAUAUUCUCAGGGUCAUCAAGACUCCUGAGAUACCAAACUUGGCCUUGCUUGGUUUUGGAGAAGUCUUUGCCCUGCUGUUUGACAACCGCUACCUAUAUAUCAUGGACUUGCGGACAGAGAGCCUGAUUAGCCGCUGGCCCCUGCCAGAGUACAGGAAAUCAAAGAGAGGCUCAAGCUUUCUGGCAGGCGAAGCUUCCUGGCUGAAUGGACUGGAUGGGCACAAUGACACGGGCUUGGUCUUUGCCACCAGCAUGCCUGACCACAGUAUUCACCUGGUGUUGUGGAAGGAGCACGGCUGACGCCACGAGCCACCACUGCUGGCCGACUUUGGGUGCCUGGGCUGCAGGUUUUGAGUGCAACCUCUAUGGCGGCCGACUGCAUGAACCAAAGUUCUCACUUAAUGGUAUCAUCACGCAGUGCACAAUCAUUUAUCUCUGUUUGCCAGGGGGCCAGGGCUCUGGGUGGGGGAGGGCUCGUUUUAUUGACAUACAGCGAAGCAUGCUAAGGGGGCACACCAUCGACUUCACUUGUACGUAGUUAUGUUGGUCAGUAUAAGAGGAUGCAUUUGGGGUUCAUCUUUCUUGAAUAUUGGUUUUAAGUAAAGAAACUCAAAUGAUUUAUUAAUCUGCUAAUUGGUUGCCUAUAAAAACACGUUCAUUCUUAUUAAAGCUUUUUACCAUCGCCUUUUUUCUUUUGAAGUUGAAGCAAAGGUGCUAUGAUGUUUUAUAGUAACUUUUCUCACAUGGGGCUUUGCUUUUGUAACAAGCAGUAUUACGAAGACCACCAAGUCCUGUGACAUUCAAAAACUCUCCACCAAACACCAGUUCUAAAGAAAGUUGGUCUUCUAGUACAAACCCAGUUCUAUAAAUUGUUUGUAAUGUAUUCUGAUUCCUAGUUCUUGGCAGAGUCAAAGCUAGCCACGUCUUGAGCUGUGAGGAAGUUGUGUAGUUCUUGUGUCCAUCUGGGGCCAGCUUGUCCUCGGUCUCCCACAGCAUAGGUGACUGCACAGGAGGUGACAUGGUGCAGCUGUAGGAGCACUGAGGUGGAAGACUGGACGGGCUCUGCUACCUAGGAACCCUGUGACCUCAGACGUGUCACACCCCUGGCCCUGAUUCUCUGUCUGCACAGCUAAUUGUUAAGUGAUUUGUAAGAUUCUUUCUGGUCCUGUAUCUGCUGAGAUGUCCAAAAGUUGAUAUUUUUGUUUUGUCUGAUUACAGAUUCAUUGUUUCUUUGAGAUUGGAGAUAAUAUAUCAAUGAAAUUACUGACACAAAGUAGUCAUCUGUAAGGAAACCAAAUAUAGGAAGAAGAUGGCUAAAAGGAGAGUGUAGAAAAUGCACAUACUCCACUGAGGAUAUGUAAAUGAUUGGUGGAAGAAGUGUGGAUAGGAGUUGUGGUUCUGUACAGAGGCCGUGUUAUCAGAAAGAUACCUGACCCUAAUUUUCCCCCUUAACUUGAUGUAUGUCCUCAGGCAGGUUUGCUUUCUGUCCCUGGGCCCUUUUUAAAAAAAUCUUUACAAUGAAGGAAUUGCCCUUAAUUAGGGUUCACAAGCUCACGUGUCCGGGGAGUUGCACAGAUGACAGAAAUGGGAAGCAAGCUGGGUGGGACUGUGCUGAACCGCAGAGGGCUCAGAACAGAGCGGGUACUCAGCUCGGAGCCUUAGGCGGAAACGAGCCCAGCCCGGCGUUCGCAGGUCUUCAGUUUUUUUCAGGAGGAACAGAAUUUUGUUUGAAAUUUCCUGAUUUAAAAAUGUUGACAACUAAUUGAAGAUAAUUUCGAAUACAGCAGGCUACACCAGUCAUGUCUAUGGGCUGCCAGCUGGUUUUCUCCACCCUCUCACUGCUGUAAAGUGAAAGAAUGCUGUGUAAUUCAGCAGUGGAAAUGUUUUAACAAAUUUGGCCAUUCAACUGUCCCUUUGUAUUACUGGGGAGCGGGGGGAGGGGGCUUGCCCCAUUCACAGACAGGAAAGGAGUUUAAAGAUGAACAUAAGAACCAGACCCUCAGUGAGAGUCUCUGCCUGGCUCUGACCGUGAUGCAAAGCAUACCCCUUCUAGGUGGGAAAAGGGGUUCGCAGCAGAGCUGAGACUGAUGCAAAUUCUGCAGCAUGUACACAGUUCUCCCAGGGUCUGAAUUCUCAAGAGCCUGGCAAUGAACCGACUGCUAUGAAGUUUAGAAGAUUGAUGGUUUCAAGGACAGGCUUAGUUAAUAUCCAUGGUGACACUAAAGGAAUUAGGUAAAAGAACAGUAUCUUCCUCCAUCCCCUAAAUCCAUCUCAUACUGAGUUCUAUGUAUAAACUCUGCUUGGUCCUCCAAGAAAUGGAACCCGAAUUGCAGCUGGAAUCUAUUUGGCAGGAGCCUCGGGAGACUGGGGGCAGUGAUGAGGGUAAAUGACUUUUUCCUUCUCCUGCAGCCUAAAUAAGUAACUGAGAUUACUGUUUCCAUGACCAUCCCCACUCCCGCCCCACUUUGCGAUUACUCAGUAGACUCAAAGAGCGAGUCAUUUAUAAUAGCCUUUGUGGGGGGAUGUGUUUUGGAAAUGACAUACCUGAAACUUGUAUGGUGUAUCCCACUUCCCGUUUCUGUUGUGAACAUGUGCGUCACCGCAGUGGCACUGAGGAUGACAGAUUCUGACAGUUCUGGAGGCUGGGGCUGGAGUCCUCCUUUGCGUCCUCCUCACAGCAGCCUUCACAGCACCAGAGCAUUUUAUUUAAUUGCCUUGUAGUUAGAUGUGGCCACACCAUUGCCAGCUUUUAUAAGAAUGGACUACUAACUCAUCCUUUAGAAAAAUGAAGCAGAAUGGGGAGUCAACAAAAGUGGCCAGGGGAUAACCAGCUGUAGUUGCCUGGUGUCCUUUCAUCGAGCUGGGGGCCGUCUUCUCCACACACUUGACGUCUGCUUCCUUAGCUCAGAGGUGAGGGUCAGGGCUUGCCUCUUCUCUUGUGACUGUUCUCAUCUCUGAAAAAUUCUUAAGUUACAGGCAGAUGACUCCACCCUUAUGUGUAUUGUAUAUCUUGAAUGACGCUGAGUUUGAUGGACUCAAGGGCUUCUCCCAGGGCCCUAAAGGCGCGCAGAACAACCCAGGCUCCAGGGUGAGGGUCCUGGACAGCUGGGUGUAAGGUUUUUAGCAGACUGUGUUUCCAUUUCAGUGGAAGCUACCAUAUUUUGCCAUGUAAUGUGCACUUUUUUUUUUGCCCAAAAUUUUGAGAAAAAAAUAAGGAUGUGCAUUAUACAUGGGUAGUACUAAUUCUAUAUCUAAAUGUUAAUUUUUUAAUUUAUGCUUAUGCAGUAAAAAUGUAACUCUAGAAAGCAAUAAUGAUAUCCAUUUGCAAAAUAAUACCCUGAGGUACAAUAAUCAGUUUUGUUCCUAAAAAUUAAUUAAGAAAAAAGUUAAAAUGAAAGAUUUUUUUCCCUGAAAGUUUGGACCAAAACUAUGGGUGUGCAUUAUACAUGGGAGUGCAUUAUACACAGUGAAAUACAAUAGUUUCCUCCAGCCCUGUUACCAGUGUGUCAAAACUGGUCCUAGGCCAACUUUCAGACCUAGUAGAGAAGUAGGAAGAAAGACCCUCCAGGGAGGGCUCAACUUGGAAGGAGCUCUGAAGGAAGGGUCCCAUGUUUGGAUAGCUUCUCAUCAAUGGAAAGUGAGAAAUAUUGUGUUACAUUUUAAGGUUUGCACUUCAUUUUUCAAAGUUUAAAAAUUACUCUGUUCUGGCCAUUGAAAAUGCUUAAAAUAUGAAUGAGGAUUAUGUAAUCAUUCUAGUGUUUGCUGUUGGGAGAAUGAUUUCUGCUCUGAAUUUAUAAAAAAGGGAGAAAAAAAUGUUUGGAAACAGUAUUAUUUAGACAUGAAGACAUUGUUUCUGUUAGAUUAAGCAUUUUACCCAAAGUAGCUGAGGAGGAUAGUGGAGUCUGGCUUUACACACCGCUCUGGCCAAACCCAGCCAGCUCCGUGCAGCUGUGCUCAUGUGCCCUGGCUGCUUGGGAGCCUGGAGGUGUGUCUUCCCACCAUCACUUCCAGUUCUCUGGGCCUCCUCUGGGCCUCUUGCAGGCCUCGGUGUCUGAAUCUCUUGCUUUUGCUGCAGGGAAGUGUGCAGAAUCAGCUGCUCCAGGAUGCAACCUGGGGCAGGGCACACUGUCCCCUUUGCCUUUAGGGACACGGAGUUGGCAGGAUAGGGGAGAAGCUCCUUUAGGUCUGUCCCCUUGAGAGAGCCUUUGUACCUGGUUCUGCUGGUUCUUGCCAGGACACAUAAGACACUGCUGGGAGUUAGUCCCCAGAUGGAGUGUCUGAUGAAAGGACAGGUUAGCAUUCUUGACAAAAAUGCCUCCUAGCUGUCUCUGGCAGUGUCUCUGACCAGAGGUUCCCCAUUCCCACUCUAGGAAAGUGAAAUUUUUUCAGGAUAAAUCCUCAAAUUGAUGACUGGACAGUCUUGUACCAUUCCCAUCAGCCUGAUCAGGCUGAAAAGGCUCAUGCUCCCUGCAGAAAGGUGUUUUCCAGUCACGUCUUUCCACAUUUUCCAGUCUUCUCUAGUGUGAUUUCGUUGCUUAGUAUUACGUUCCUGACUAGUGUAAACCCACUUAAUUACUGUAGCUUAAAGAAUCAGCUGGUUCUACUAGUCAGGGAUGUGCACAAAUAAGGUGUUUUUGCAUAUUUAAACUAGGCAAAUUAUUCAUUCAGAUGAUACAAACUCCACGGUGUUUUUGGAGUCCCUAUACCCAAAUUGUGAACCAGAUGUAUUUCACUAAGGCUCAGGUUGAAAUCCGCCAAGGCUGGUUUCCAAUCCAACAUCUAUAGCCACGUGGUCAUAUUCAUCAACUUGCAUUUCACUAGUUCGAUGUCCGUUGUGAUCUAGGGGGAAUGAGGUGAAGUUUAUAUUUGACCUGUCUGUAGGGUGGGGGCGGGGGAGUAGGGAUUGGCUUCAACAAAUAGUGGAGUGGUUGUGGUACAAGGUCUCUGUCAAGACGAGCCAUUCUCAUGCACCAUAGAACUUUCUUUUACCCAUGAGUGAUCGUGCUAACUAUAAGUCAUUUAUAUCUAUACAUUAAAACAAGUUCCUCAAUUAGGCAACAUUUGGUUAGCCAAGCCCAAGUUAUUGUUUGUACUUGAAAGUAAUAAACCUGCAUUUCCUUAAAAAUAA